AUGAAGAAACGGAUAAACACGUUUCGGUCUCGAAAGGCCGAGGACUGAUGAGAUACCUGGGCCUCAACCAGGUUCAUCACGGGGCGAAAGGGCUUGUCCAAUAGGGCAAUCUCGGUGACCUUCAGGCGCGCUUAUUACUCACCAUAAUUAGGUACUAUGCCGGCAUCAAUAAAGCCAUGUUUUCCGGCAUGUCAAAAACCUAUAAAGACCCGUUCCACUGCGCUGUAUAAUCAUCAUCCAGCACUUCUACCUGCUUUACUCUCGAGUCCAACACUCUUACCCAGACACUCAUUACUCUCCAAAGCCAGCUCAUUAACAAAAUGUUCGCUCGCAUCUCCACUCUCUUGUUCACCCUCCUCUUCGCUCUCAUGGCUAUCGCCAGCCCUAUCGUUGAGCGUACCGGCAGCACUGUUAACCAGUGCAACACUGGUUCUAUUUCUUGCUGCAACAGCGUCCAAGACUCCAACUCCACUGCGGUGACGGGUCUCUUGGGUCUCCUCGGCGUCAGCCUCGAGGGCAUCGUUGGUCAAGUUGGCUUGAGCUGCUCUCCUCUCAGCGUUAUCGGAGUCGGCGGUGCAAGCUCUUGCAACGCCGAACCUGUCUGCUGCACCAACAACCAAUUCAACGGCUUGAUCAACCUCGGUUGCUCGCCCAUCAACCUCAACCUCUAAAAGGAUUAGCUAUUAGUCGUAAGACUAAAAUUAGCGGAUGGACAGUGUUAUAGGUACCAUAUAGUUUACAGUUGUUCGCACUGCCGAUAGUUGGUUUUUUUGGGCUGCGAUUUCCAUAAUAAUAAAGGGUUUGAGUCGUUU